AUGUCCAAGAAUGCGAGGCGAGACGAGACGAGGGGUGCAAGUGCGAGGCUCGGCCAAAAGAUGACGCUUGAAGGUGGGCAUGAGCCGGAAAGGCGAAAUGUUUCAUGUGCUUCGGGCUGCGUUGGCUGCGUAGGGAACUCCCUGAAGAAUUGGUGGGAGAUGAGGCGGUGCGUAUGGCACUGGCGGGGGGCCCUCCGAUAUGCGAGUCCCAGAUAUUCUGUAUGGAGUACGCUGUAUCUGUAUAGGCGUAUGGGACCCUGGGGAAACUUCUUCGACGACGACGAGUGUUCAAUGCGUGUGGCACUCACUGGUAGAGGGAAAAGAUGGGAGAGAAGAGGUCAACCAUGUUUGGUGGGGUGGAAUGAAGUGUGGCUGGUGCAGCGCAUAGGCACUAAUGGGGCCUGGGAGAUGGUAGUGUGGCUGGUGCAUUGCCAGCUGGUCUCUUUCAGGUACUGUGGAGGGCUGAAGUUGUACGUCCCUCUUUCCCCCAAUGACAUCACAGUGUUGGACCGUUUCUAUGGCAAUAGACAGAGCUUUCAUUGGCCUGAGAUUCUUCAGCGUCAACAUGUGGUUCAUCCACUUUUGCAGCUGUCACAGCCAACCAGCCGUAACAGUCUAUUCGGUCAAUUGAUUCUUUGGCAAAAAGACAUUUGCAGCAUCAUUGCUUAA